AUGGCGAACCAAUCAAAUUGCAGCCAAUUGCGUUUUGAGCAUCGUGGCGGAAGUGGCGCAAAAAAGUUGGCGAGAAUGGCGAGCACUGUCGCCUUCGAGCUCAACAAGGCCACUCUGAAAUUGAGACGAAGUCUACACAUUUCCGAUAAACGCGAUUCAUCGAAACGAGCCGAUGAGCCCGGUCCAAGUAGUACGCAGAGGUCUGCCAAAGGCGAAAAUCGUUGUUGUCAAAUGUCGAGCAGUUUCAGCACUUCGCGGGGCUCGAUGCGGAAUCGUCAACUUUGCGCCGAACUCUCCUCUUUUGCGCUUUAUCCCCUUUUCGGCGCCCUCACAACUACUCACUUCUCAUCGCCCAAUUUGUUAUUUCAAACCGAUCGACGAUCGAAAUUAAAGAUUCUUGAACUAAAUGACUCGAUAUUUUUGAAAAUUAUGGACUUUUUAGAUGCGCAAUCGAUGCUUGCCGCUUCGCAAACUUGUCAACGACUUCGAUAUUUGGCGUUGAGGAAAGACGACGAAUUUUUUGAUCGCCGAGAUGUUACUUCACAUGAAAUUGUUAUUUCGUAUAAUCGAAUUGUGAAAAAAACGCAAGCUCGAAUGCUUCGAAAAGAGCGAUCCCGAUAUGAUACCGUAUUCAAAGGAGCAACAAUAUCAAGUCUAUUGUGCCCGUUCACGAGAGCGUUAACUAAAAUCACGUUCGAAUCAAACGUGAGCGUUUCCGAUUGGAUUAGAGAGAUUCUCGAGUUACACGAUAAACAAAAAUUAGUACCAUUGGCACUGUCGUUUACUGGUGGAGCUUUAACUAGAGGGAACCAAUUAGGCGGCGCCGAUUUGCGAAAUAUCAGUGAGACCGAAUUUAUAAAAAUUGUUGGCAGACUCCAGCCGCAUUUGCAAGAAGUUCAGCUAGCAACUUCGAGAUUGUUUAAGACUUCUACUAGCCCACCGCGAUUGCUUGGUCUUAUAUCGAUGUUGACAACCUUUGGUGUCGUUUAUGAACGACCGCUAAUGCGAUUCUUUUUUGAUGAAAUUGUCAAAAUAGUUUCGUAUUGGCGAAACGAUGUUCAAUCACGAAGUUGUGACAUCUAUAUGAGACGUCCCCUUGAUGCCGAUAUUGACAGCUGGAAUAAACUUGGAACAGUUGAUGAUUACAGGAUAGACCCCCUGACUGAAGAAUUCUUAGUUUCAAAAGUCACUAUUAAGCAUUCCUUCCUUGUACAUAUUGACCUCGUUUUUCAUUUUCAUUGA